CAUGGACGGAAAUUAUUCUUUGAUACGUAGUUUCACACUUAAUAACAUUUCUGAUAUGAUAGCUAUCUUUGACCAGCUGCAACCAAAAGAAAGAGAACUUUUACGACGACUCAGUAAAAACAAAGACCUAUCAGAUUUCCUCAAAGAUACAAAGACUUUAUAUUUCUUCCCGGAAUACCGCCUUCACAAGAUUUUAUUGCUCUAUGUAUCUCCGUUAUUACUCGUUCUCGGAACAUUUGGUAAUAUCUUCUCUGUCUUUGUAAUGAGACAAAGAUCGAUAAUAAGAAUGACAGCUUACGUGUAUCUAAUCAACCUAGCUAUUGCUGAUUCAGUUGUACUCUAUAUUGGCUUGCUUAGACUUUGGAUAAGCGAACUAACUGGAAUGGAUAUACGAAAUCAAACGUCCUGGCUUUGCAAGCUUGUUGUUUUCUGUGGUUACGUCUCCAGUGAUUUCUCCGUCUGGUUAAUUAUUGCAGUAACCAUUGAGCGUUAUAUUGUUGUCUGUCAUCCUCGCAAAGUAAACAACUUUUGCACUGUACAGAGAGCAAAGUGGGUUGUCUGUGGCUUGUUGCUCUUGUUCGUUGCAAUCAACAUUCACUUCUUUUGGACUAUCUCACUAAACGAAAGAAAUGUCGACAAUAAAAUCAGCUAUUACUGUAGUAGUCGAAAAGAUUUUGAUUAUUUAGUGACGGUGUUGUGGCCGUGGGUCGAUGCGUUCCUUUAUUGUUUUGUCCCGUUUGGCACCAUCUUGUCGCUUAACACAUUGAUCAUCCGUCGGAUUGUGGCUCUCAGCCGUGGAACAAUAAAGAUGCAAAGUGCACAAAGUAAUUUGUUACAAGUCCGACGUUGUCAUACCGACAGUAACCGGAAACUAACUCUAAUGCUGCUAACUCUCUCCUUCAUGUUACUGUUGACAACACUUCCACUGGCAGUAAGCUUAAUUCUAGCUCAUUUCUGGAACUUCAGCAUGUCACGAGAUUUGGCUUGGGCAGCGAAAUACCAGCUGACCAAGACGAUAGCUGAAUUAAUGAUGUAUCUCAACCAUUCCAUGAAUUUUAUAUUGUAUUGCACAAUGGGACGUAAAUUUCGUCAACAAGUCGUGCGGAUGUUCUGUAAUAAAAACAACAUGACAAAAGGUUUAUCAGAUCACACACAUCACAUAUACUGCUCCAGAAACUGUUCUCCACAGAUAAACACUUCACAACAAUGUCCCGACACAGAAAUAUAAUGCCCGACAGACAGUUAGUCGUGAAUCUCUUCAAACUCUUCUGAUACAUGUGUAUGCAUGUUUCUGUAUGCGUAUAUAAGCCAUCACAUAGCCAAGAUAUGAUAUAUAUAUAUACACACACACACACAAGCAUGUACAUACAUAUAUACACGCAUAUAUAUACAUAUUCAUAUAUGUAUACAUACAAUACACACACAUAUGUACAUACAUACACACAUACAUACACGCAUACAUACAUUUAUGUAUACAUACAUACAUACAUACAUACAUACAUACAUGCACGCAUACAUACA